CACACACACACACACACACACACACAUCGCAACCACCAACCAAAACAAAAUGUCCUACCUCUCCACCCGCACGCUGAACCCCCCGCCUGGCCGCAUAAGCUGGGACCACCGCACCCUGCACCCCCCGCACUGGGUGUUGACCAUCAUGCCCGCGACCACCCGCAAACUCAUCGACCGCUGCUACAUCCUCGCCUUCAACAGCCUGCGCGCUCAACAGUACGUGGAGCUCCACUUCGCCGCUCGCUACAAAGCGCUGUGCCCGGGUGCCAUCACCAGCCCCAGCACCAGCACCGAUCCCCCCACCAACUCCACCACCAACCCCACCACACCAGCAGAACCAAAUCCAGAACCAACACCAACUCAAACACCAGCUACAUCCACAGCUACACCUACAUCUACAUCUACAUCUACAGGUACACCACCACCACCACCACCACCAACCUCACAAAAACCCAACCCCGCCCCCCAAAUCACGCACGCGCAAUCCAUCGACCGGAUCUUCGCCUGGCGCACAGACUACAUCCCCGGCAACCCGACCCUGGCGCCCUCAGCCAAGAUCCCGCGGUCCGCGGUGCGGUUCCACGUCGACCGGGCGGCGUUCGCGGCGUACGCGGCGCGGUACACGGCGCUGCUGGACACGUACCUGACGACGCACUAUCGGCGGUACCGGGAGGCGGUGGGGGCGGUGGAGCGGUCUCUCGUGCUCCUGCGGAGCGGUGCAUCCAGGAGUGGUGGGGGUGAAGCUGAAGCUGCGCAAGGGGAGGCGGGUAAGGACAAGGACAAGGACAAGGACGGCGACAAGGCGCGCGAGAUGCGGGAGCUGGACUGUCGGCAGCUCGAGUGGUGGUGGGGGGCGGUGUUUUUGCGGGAGAUGAUGCGGUGGGAGAGUCGGAUUCCGUUGCUGCGGAUGCCGGGGUUUGAGGUCGUGGUGGGGGAGGUGUAUGAGGCUGUGAGGCGGGCGGUGGAGGAGGGGGGGGAGGGGGAGGAGGGUGUUGUUUGGGAGGGGUAUGAUUUGGAUUGUGGGCGUUGA